AUGGACAUCGACGACAUUCUCGCCUCCGUCGAUCGCGGACCAGGCGCAAGCCUCGAGUCCACAGCCCUCGACCACCAAUCCCUCACACGCUUCUGGGUCUCCGAACGCGCCGUCUCAGAAGUCCUCCCCUGGCCAACAGCCCUAAUGGACCGAAUGAUGGAUCGUGUCCGAAUGCAGAUUGAAACAAUCGAAGACAUCGCCGCCUCAUCAGCAGACGUCCCCCCACCAACAACCAACGCCCAAAACGCAAACCACAAUCCAAACCUAAACCUCCGCCUCUCAAUCCUACAAACAGACCUCGCCCGAACCCAAUAUAUAAUCCGCAGCCUGCUCCGUACCCGCCUAGCAAAACUCACAAAAUACAGCAUGCACUACCUUGUCAAACUCUCCUCCACAAACCAGAAUCUCUCGCAAUCGCAGUCGCAGUCGCAAUCGCAAUCACAGCCGACACCCGAAGACUCGGUGCCUGAUAUCUCGGCCAUAGCGUCCUUCGACCCGCUCUCCGAGAGCGAGGCGAGUUUUGUGCAUGCGCAUCAGAAAUUACUCGCCAGCCACUAUAGUGGGUCGUUUAUGGGGGCUUUUCCGCGGCAAUUGAGGAGGUUAGAUGAUAAUGCCGGUGGGACUAGUAUGAUUCAGGGGCCUGAGACGCGGGAGGUUGUUUUUGUGAGGUGUCUUGGUGCGGAGGUGCCUGUUCUAGUUGUGGGUGAGGGGGAGAUGGAGGAGGAUGUUGGGGUUACAAUGCGGAUGGGUGAUGUUUGGGUUGUGAGGUGGGAAGGGGUUAGGGCUGCUUGGUUGAAGGGGGAGGUUGAGUUAUUGUGA